CAGCUCUCCAGCCAGGUCCCCGAGCACAGCCCGGUGGUUUACGGGACCGUGGAGAACACCCAUCUCGCUGCCAGCGCCCCCGCCGCUGCGACUGGCAACCCGAAGCAAGAAGAGAAGCCAAAACCAGAUCCAGUAUUAAAACCACCUUCUCCAGUCCUCAGACCAGAACCUACUGGGGAGAAAAAAGAUCAAGCUGGCCAGACGGCUGAGACCACCUCAGUGGAAACCCCACCAGAACUUCCUCUUGCUCCAUCGCCAACCCCGGCUGCUCCCGUCGCGGCCGUCUCUAGUGCUGCUGCUGCUGCUGUUGUCACCGUUCCCAGUAAAUCCACAUUCACAGCUGACUCAGAGGAGAAAUGUGAACUGGCUUCCCCAAAAGAGGAGGCAAUGCCUAUAUCCAAUGCCGCGCCCUGCACGGACGCAUUGGACCCUUCUCCAGUGGAAGAGGCUGAUGCCGAGGUGUGCAAGGAGCCUGCUAGUGUAGCAUCUAGUGAUAUCCCAGUGACUGCUAGUACUAAUCUAAUUAACGAAACGAACGGAGUUAGUGAAAUAGUAACUGCUGCAGAGAGCGUAGUAGAUGUAGCCCAGGCGGAAGUCGCGCCGUUGACUGUUGAGUUGGAGACACCAGAAGCACCUCCAGCAGAAGUGGAAAGCGUGCCAUCUUCCAGUGCUCUUCACGCUGCUCCCUCUCCUCCUCCCACCCCACCUCCCACCCCUCCGCCUCCUUCUCCUCCGAUUUCCAUUGCUGCUGCUGCUGUUACCACUACAACUCCUUCUCCGCCUCCUCUUCCAUCUCCGAGUGCCCUCCCUGUUGUUCAGGGAGAUUUAGAAGGAGAGGAGAGCACAAGAACUACUCUUAGCGAAGAGGUGAAAGAUACUGAAAAGAAGGAAGAGACAGAAGCGGAUGGGCAACUGGAGGAGAGCACGGAAGCUCAGAGUUUAAACUCGAGCAAGAGUCCUGUCCCAGCCCAGACAGCUGUAACUGCACCAAAGACGUGGAAGAAACCAAAAGACCGGACCCAAGCCACUGAGGAGGUGAUGGAGGCAGAAACAGAGCCUAAGGUAGAAGAGGAACCUUCAGGUGACAAAGUACUUGAAUCCGAACAGGAGAAGAUGAGCCACGGGUUUCAACUGGAGAGAGACCCCUCUGAGCUUAAAAAAGCAAAACCUGUGGAAGAAAACGGCGAGCAGGAAGCGGAACCUGUCCGGAACGGUGCCGAGAGCGUUUCAGAGGGAGAAGGAACCGAUGUGAACUCCGGCUUCACAGAGAGCUCCGGCGAAGGGCCGGUGUACCAGUACAAACCAGAGCAGUGGAAGCCCCUGGACCCGGAGGGGAAGAAGCGGUACGACAGGGAGUUCUUGCUGGAUUUCCAGUUCAUGCCUGCCUGUAUCCAAAAGCCGGAGGGGCUGCCUCCCAUCAGCGAUGUGGUUCUCGACAAGGUCAGCCAGCCGAAGCUGCCGCUGAGGACUCUGGACCCGCGGAUACUGCCUCGAGGCCCGGACUUCACGCCAGCCUUUGCCGAUUUUGGGAGGCAAGCCCCUGGUGGAAGAAACGUAGCUGGAAGUGCCUGCAAAGUGCAGAGCAACCCUGGAUUGCCUUCCCUGGCUCGGUGCGGUUCCCCAGCAUGCCCUCUCUUGGUCUCGCCUCACCCACCAUUGAGGAACCUGCCGAUAGGGUUGUUGAAUGUUGGACCGAGGAGAUCUCAGCCAGGCCAGAGGAGAGAGCCCAGGAAGAUCAUCACCGUGUGCGUGAAGGAGGACGUCCACCUGAAGAAGGCAGAGAACGCCUGGAAGCCAAGCCUGAAGAGGGAGAACCAGACCGAGGACCCGGAAAACGUCAAAACGCAGGAGCUGUUCCGCAAGGUACGAAGCAUCUUGAACAAGCUGACGCCCCAGAUGUUCAAUCAGCUGAUGAAGCAAGUGACAGACCUGACGGUAGAUACGGAAGAGAGGCUGAAAGGAGUCAUCGACCUGGUCUUCGAGAAGGCUAUCGAUGAGCCCAGCUUCUCGGUGGCGUACGCCAACAUGUGCAGGUGUCUUGUGACGCUGAAAGUGCCCAUGGCAGAUAAACCUGGGAGCACCGUAAAUUUCCGCAAGUUGCUGUUAAAUCGCUGCCAGAAGGAAUUUGAAAAGGACAAGGCUGACGACGACGUCUUUGAAAAGAAGCAGAAAGAACUUGAAGCUGCUACCACUCCAGAGGAGAAGACGCGGCUCCAUGAUGAGCUGGAAGAGGCCAAGGACAAAGCCCGACGGAGAUCCAUCGGGAAUAUAAAAUUCAUUGGUGAGCUUUUCAAACUGAAAAUGCUGACGGAGGCUAUCAUGCAUGACUGCGUGGUAAAGCUGCUGAAAAACCACGACGAGGAGUCCCUCGAGUGCCUUUGCCGCCUGCUGACUACCAUUGGCAAGGACCUGGACUUUGAGAAGGCGAAGCCUCGCAUGGACCAGUAUUUUAAUCAGAUGGAGAAGAUUGUGAAAGAGAGGAAAACAUCUUCAAGGAUUCGGUUCAUGCUUCAGGAUGUAAUAGACCUAAGGCUGUGCAACUGGGUUUCCCGGAGAGCAGACCAGGGCCCGAAGACCAUCGAGCAGAUUCAUAAAGAAGCCAAGAUUGAAGAGCAAGAAGAACAGAGGAAGGUCCAACAACUCAUGACCAAAGAGAAGAGGAGACUGGGUGUCCAGCGGGUCGAUGAAGGCGGUUGGAACACUGUGCAGGGGGCAAAGAACAGCAGAGUGCUGGACCCCACCAAGUUCCUUAAAAUCACCAAGCCCACAAUAGAUGAGAAGAUUCAGCUUGUGCCUAAAGCCCAGUUGGGCAGCUGGGGAAAGGGCAGCAGUGGUGGAGCAAAGGCGAGCGAGAUGGACUCCUUACGACCAAGUGCCACUAGUUUGAACAGAUUUUCUGCGCUGCAGCCUCCAGUCUCAUCCGUAUCUGCCUCAUCCGCAUCCUCAGAAUUAGAUUCUCGCAGGGCCUUAACGAGUCGCGGGAGCACGGGCAGGGAGAAGAACGACAAACCUCUCCCGCCUUCCCUCUCCCGCCCCAACACCUUCCUCCGGGGCAGCAGCAGCAAAGAGCUGCUGCUCGACAAUCAGGCGCAAGAGGAGCAGCGGAGAGAGAUGCUGGAGACGGUGAAGCAGUUAACGGGCGGCAUGGAGGUGGACAGGAACAGCACGGAGGCGGAGAGGAGCAAAGCCAAGGAAUCUGCCAAGCCUGAAGCUCCCCCAGCUCCAGCGCAAGAAAAGCCUUCGCUAUCAGAAGAGGAAAUAGAGAGAAAAUGCAAAUCUAUCAUUGAUGAGUUCUUGCAUAUUAAUGAUUUUAAGGAAGCGAUGCAGUGCGUGGAGGAGCUGAGCGCCCAGAACCUGCUGCCUGUUUUCGUGCGAGUGGGAGUGGAGUCGACGCUGGAGAGGAGUCAGAUCACCAGGGAUCACAUGGGCCAGUUGUUACAUCAGUUGGUGCAGUCGGGAAAGCUGAGCAAGCAGGAUUUCUUCAAGGGUUUUUCAGAUACCUUGGAGAUGGCGGACGAUAUGGCCAUAGAUAUACCCCAUAUUUGGUUGUACCUCGCUGAGUUGGUGACCCCCGUGUUAAAAGAAGGAGGAAUCUCUAUGAGAGAACUUAUACAAGAAUUUAGCAAACCUUUGCUUCCUGUGGGAAGAGCCGGCGUCUUGCUUGCUGAAAUCUUGCACCUUCUAUGCAAACAAAUGAGCCAUAAGAAAGUGGGAGCCUUAUGGAGGGAGACUGGCCUCAGUUGGAAGGACUACUUACCCGAAGGGGAGGAUGUACAUACCUUUCUCAUGGAACAAAAGUUGGACUUCACGGAGUCUGACUGUUCCAGUUCCUCAGAAGCACUUUCAGAGAAAGAACUCUCUGCGGAAGAGCUGAACAAGCAGCUAGAGAAACUCAUUGUUGAGGACAAGGCGAACGAUGAACAAAUCUUUGACUGGGUAGAGGCUAAUCUAGAUGAAAGCCAGAUGAGUUCACCGACAUUCCUUAGAGCUUUAAUGACAGCAGUUUGUAAAGCAGCUAUUAUAGCGGACUCUUCCAGCUUCCGUGUGGACACUGCUGUUAUCAAACAGAGGGUGCCGAUCUUACUCAAGUAUCUAGACUCAGACACAGAGAAGGAACUACAAGCACUUUAUGCACUACAAGCAUCAAUAGUAAAACUUGAUCAGCCUCCUAAUUUGUUGCGGAUGUUUUUCGAUUGCCUGUACGACGAGGAGGUGAUAUCGGAGGAUGCCUUCUACAAGUGGGAAAGCAGCAAGGACCCAGCGGAGCAGAACGGGAAAGGAGUAGCGCUAAAAUCCGUCACGGCGUUCUUCACGUGGCUACGAGAGGCCGAAGAGGAGUCGGAGGAUAAUUGAAACUUAAAAUACAGAGAGGAAAAAAAAAAAAAAACAAAAAAAAUAAAAAAAAAAGAAACAAUUUAAGUAUUUUUUUAAAAAGUUUCACGUCUUCGCCAAUCACAGUGCAGAAAGGCCAAUUCUCGCGCAGACCCCCCUUCCCCCGCACAGGCACGAGUGGGAGAGGUAAAAAUAAACACAGAGGUGAUCAUGGAGGAAAAAAGGUACUUGAAAACAAAAAAAGUAAACUUCAAACCUGAGGGCGGGAGCACUAAACCAAAAUACAUGUAUUAUUUAUAGAAAAUAUUUUCUGUUUUAAUCUUUUUUUUGUUUGUUUUUCUUUUCUUUUUAAACAAGGACUCAUACUUACAAAAAACACAAAGCGAAACAAAUCUGUUUAGCAAAAAAAAAAAAAAAGUUGGAAACUUUUAAUUUAUUAUUUUAAGGACUGCAAAUGUCAGUGUAAUUUUUAAAUUUGCAGUUUCUGUAAACAAAUUGUAUAAUAGAACAAAAGCAGAGAAAUAAAUUUCCCUCCCCUUCAUAUGCACCUCAAGUUUUGUUUCAAAGCAUGAUAAGUAGACAAAACUUUCAAGGGGGUUGGGGUAAGCUAGAUGAGGAAGAGAUCAAUUUUUUUCUUUUUUUUUUUUUUUAAUUGUCAUCAGAUUUUUCUGCCUGCCUCUCAGCUUGCUUCAGAAAUUUAAAAAGAAAAUAGUAAUCAAAACGUACAUAACCUUGGAACGGAGGAAAUACAUUUGAGAAUACCGCUGCGGACCAGAGCGCUCCGAAAAUAACUCAUUCAAAACAGUGCUACCCUGGGGAAAAAGUCCUAGUGAUACUUUCAGAACCUUUAGAGCAACUUUAAGGCUUGUAAAUACAUAGAACAAAUAUUUAAAAAAAAAAAAAAAAAAAAAGAGAAAAAAAGAAAUUGACUCAAUACUAUUUCUUUUCACUUUCAAAAUAUAAAGAACAAAAUAAAGACAAACAU